AUUUCUUCUUUACUGUAAUUUCACCGUACUUAACAUGUUUUUUUAGAUAUCCUGCCGCACGGUAUGCGUAUAGAGGUGCCGCAUCCAGUUGCGGAUUUAUAUACAUUCUAUGGCCGGCUGGAGAUCCCCGGCCAGGACAGCCUGGCGCUCGGCACCGACAACCUCAUGCUGAGGGGAUCCAGGGUCAAGAACACAGAGUGGGCGAUAGGAUGCGCCGUCUACACGGGAGAAGAAACAAAAUUAGCUUUAAACUCGAAGUAUUCUGGCAACAAAUUCUCGUCAUGCGAAUCAGCAGUCAACAGUUUUCUAGUGCUGUUCAUCUUGUUAUUACUGUUCGAAAUAUCGAUAUCGAUGGUAUUUAAAGUGGUUAUCGAGAAGGGACAUCCCGAGAGAGACCUGUAUCUAGGACCGGGGAUAAAGUACCCGCCUUCAGUCGGCGCUGUGUUGCAAGAUUUGUUGUCCUUUCUACUGUUGUAUUACUAUAUUAUUCCUAUGUCGCUAUACGUGACUAUCGAGCUGUACAAAUUUAUAGGUGCAUUGUUUAUUGGCUGGGAUGAGGAGCUGAGAUGCGAAGACACCGGGCGGCCCGCCAUCGCCAACACUUCCGAUCUCAACGAGGAGCUCGGACAAGUGGAGGUGCUGUUCUCAGACAAGACAGGCACGCUCACUAAGAACCUCAUGGUCUUCAAAGCUUGCACUAUUGGAGGACGCGUCUACGAAGAGAAGGAUUCUAGACUUUACGAUAUCGAGCGAUUUGAUGAACCGGUCGACACGUUUCAGACAGAUAUUAAAUUUUUCUUCACAAUACUCGCGCUGUGCCACUCUGUGCAAAUAUCUAGCGAGGACAUGAAGAAACUAAGCGCAAGGUUAUCUGGAAAUGGUAACAUGCAACUUAUGAACUUCUUUCGAAGGAAAAAACUGAACAGAGGGACGAUAGGUAACAACAAUACGAAUGAAAACAAACCUGGUGUAUUAAAUACCUUAGCAUGGAACAGUCUUCUGAGGGAUACUGGAAGCAAAAUGGAUUACCAAGCCAGCAGUCCCGACGAAAAGGCUCUUGUAGAAGCGGCCGAUAGAGUCGGCGUGACAUUCCUCGGUGAGGAAGGAAACAAUUUGGUUAUAAAAAUCGGAGAAGAGACGGAAAUGUACGAGCGUUUACAACUAAUCGAAUUUACAUCAGAACGGAAAAGAAUGUCGGUCAUUGUUAGAGAUAAAAAUGGAAAGAUUUGGCUUUUCUGUAAAGGCGCGGAGAGUUCAGUGUUCCCUAUCUGUAAAGACACGGUUAUGAUUGAAGAGACAAAUCGAGACAUAAAUGCAUUUGCUAACAGGGGACUGAGGACUUUAGCUGUAGCGUAUAGAGAAAUAUCAUAUGAAGAGUACGCCAGAGUGACAGAAGCUAUAAAGCGUAUAGACGGUAAGAGCGCGUCUGCGCUGCAGCAGGUGACGCUGCAGUACCGCGUGCUGGAGCAGCAGCUGACGCUGGUGGGCGCCACCGCCGUGGAGGACUGUCUGCAGGACGACGUGGCCGACACGCUGGCCUCGCUGCGCCGCGCCGGCAUCAGGACCUGGGUCCUCACGGGGGACAAGGUAGAAACGGCAAUAAAUGUAGCACAAUCUUGCAGCCACAUAUCAGAGAACGACAGGCGAAUGUUCCUUAUCGGAGUGAAGGACGAGGUGGCUCUGCAGGCACACCUCGAGGAGUGCCGCCUCACCAUCCUGGAGCCCGGCUACCGAGACCUCACCCUCAUCGUGGACGGCACCAGCAUGAGCUGCAUACUGGACACCGCAGCUGCGCCCGCAUUCGUUGACGUCUCCUUGAAGUGCAAUGCUGUGCUGUGCUGCCGACUGUCUCCUAUACAGAAAGCUAAGAUAGUAAAACUGAUAAAGAACAGUCCGGAGAGGCCGGUGACGGCAGCCAUCGGGGACGGCGCCAACGACAUCUCCAUGAUCCAGGAGGCGCACGUCGGCUUCGGCAUCUUCGGCAAAGAGGGGCACCAGGCUGCCAGGUCAGCAGAUUUUGCGUUCACCAAGUUCUCUAUGGUGAAGAAGAUGCUACUAGUGAUGGGGCAUUGGUACUACCAGCGGCUCGCAACACUCAUACAUUACUUCUUCUACAAGAAUCUAGUGCUCGGGAACAUUAUGUUGUUCUUCCAAGUGCACUCAGCGUUCUCCACGCAGUCCAUCUAUGACUCCAUGUACCUGACGCUGUACAACCUGCUGUUCACAUCCGUGCCCUGCCUCGUGCUGGCCGUCACCGACCAGCGCUGGCCGCAGUCGCUGCUCAUGAAAAAUCCAACAUUAUAUCGAGGCAUAAGGAAGAACAGGCUGAUGUCGUGGUGGAACUUCCUGGCGUGGCUGCUCUCCUCCAUCUAUCAUUCUGUACUCAUCUACGGCUUCUCCAAGACAAUGUUCAUGAGCUCCGUUAUAAACACCGACGCUAAGACUAUCGAUCUGUGGUGCUUUGGUGCGGUGCUGUUCCACCUGAUGAUGCUGGUGGUGUCGCUGCGGCUGUGGCUGCAGGCGCGCUACCACACGCUGGUGUUCGUCCUCACGCUGCUCCUGUCUAUGCUUAGUUACAUCAUUUUCAACACCAUCUACUCCUUGUUCUAUUUUGAAAUAGACGGCGACGUGCUGGGCACGUACACGAGACUCCUAACAUCGCCAUCUUUUGGUUUCCUGAACGUUUUAAUGAUAGUAGCAGCUCUCGCGCCGGACUACUGCGCGCGCUUCCUCACUGACAGCCGCGGCUUCAGACAUUUGAACAACGGUAUUGCCAGUGUACAGAGAGUGUUUUCUACUAGACUUUGAAAAUUUAUUUCUUAACUUUAGUGAAAUUUACUGUAUUUGUUAAUUGAUUGUGAAUGAAUUUAUGAUUUAGCAUUUAUUUGGUUUAAGAUUUGGCACAAAUGUGAUAUGUAUUUUUUUAUUAUAGAAUCUAACUUAUGGGUCAAUGAAUUCUUAUAAUAUAAACUCUGCUUACCCCUUAAUAUACGGAGUAUAUUUUUUUUCUACAUGGAAUGUAAACCUUUUUAGACAGUAUAAUAGAAUAAUAAUGUAUUUAACAACACUAUUUCUGAAUUGUACUAAUUUACAAGUUAACAACGGUAGUAAGUAUUUAAUUUCGCAUUUCAAAACACUCGAAAGACAGUAUUAAUAUACAAAAAUCCAGUUUGUGUAGUUGAAUUAAGAUAAUAUAAACAUAAGAAUAUACCCUACAAAGGGGUUAGAGCAAUAUUUUUUUAAUAAAUUUGCUUGUUUCUUUAUUUUGAUUGAAUUGACUUAUAUUGUUUUAAAAUAAUGGUAUAUCUAGCUAUAAGUUUGAAAAUUGUAGAUAUUUUUAUAGAAUAAAUGUAAUGUAAAUAAAAUAAAAAUAUCAGAGUUUAAAUAUUUUAAUAAUGUACAAUUUGUUAACAUAAGUUAAAGUAUAAGUAUAUGGUAAUAAUUUAUAGGUUAUUUAAUAAUGUGAAAUGUACAAAGUACACAAAACUCGCGACGGGUAAACAAGAAUGUAUUUACGAUAUUAAAAUGCAUUAUUAAUAACAAAAAUAUUUAUUGUAUUUGAAAUAAAUGACUUUAUUUUUAUAAAGAGUAUGUAGUUACCUCUAUUCCCCCACA